GUACUUCUGUUGCAGUGCAUGGUUAAACAAGGAUGAGUUCUACUUGCAAACUACUCACCUUCGUUUCGGUAUCACACUUUUUACAGUCCGUCCAGUCUUGGCUUUGGUGGUUGCAUUCGCAUCGGCAGCAGUGGCUUCGUCUGUAGUAUUCAUGGCACUCCUGAUUCACAAAAGUCAACACUGGUCCUGACAAACUGAGAAGGAGGUAUUGCUGUAAACUACAUGAGGUUUAUCUAGAAUUUGGCAGUUCUGGUUGUUGAAAAUAGAAAGACAUUGAAAAGCACUCUCAAAGCAGAUCCUUAAAAAGUCUUAUUCUUUGAAUUGCGAAGGCGGUUUUCAGAUGGGUGAUUUGGAUGAGUGGGGCUGCGAGACUACGCCUCGAGAUUACCAAAGUUCCAGUUAUAAUGACUCCAAUGAUCGUGGCGGAAGAAGGGAUCGUGAUGGUUUCAGCAGAGGCAGAGGCGGUGGAUCCAGAGGUAGAGGCGAUGGGUCCAGAGGCAGAGGUGAUGGAUUCAGAGGUAGAGGUGACGGAUUCAGAGGCAGAGGUCGUGACGGUGACAGAGGUGGUAGGAAUCGCCAACAGGACUCCUCAAACGAUGGUGGCUGGCGUCAACAAGCUAAUAUUAGUAGGAAUGAUAGGGACAAUGGAAAUUUCAGUCGGCGUUCGACCGAAAGUGGAGGAGAUUACAAGGUGAUACCUGUUAGUUCCACACAGGUUGGGUCAGUCAUUGGCCGAUCUGGCAGUAAAAUUAAUGACCUCCAGUUUGAAUCUGGUGCCCGGAUACAGGUCAGUCGAGAACCUAACCCUGACACAACAACAGAUGUGACAAUACGAGGCACACCUGAACAAGUUGCAAAAGCAACAGAGCUGAUAAAUUCUUUGCUGGACAGUUUAGAUAACCGUACUAAUUCCAAGGAUAUGGUAGACAAAAUUCACAUGGCUAGCAUGCUGACUCAAUCAGAUGAGGUCAUCAACUGGGACAAAAUCUAUGAAGCAGAUGCCAUAGCAAAGGAGAAAAAGUUAGCCUCUCUACCCCCUAUCAAAAAGAAUUUUUACCACGAACUUCCAAGUGUUACUAAUAUGUCUCCUGCUGAAGCAGCAAAAAUUCGGAAGGAGCAAAACGACAUCUCAGUUGGUUUUGUUUUUGAAGACACAGGUGAACCGAUUCCCAAUCCAGUCAGAACUUUUGAAGAGGCGUUCCAUGAUUUUCCUGAAAUUCUAGACGAGAUUCACAAGCAAAAUUUUACAAAGCCAUCGCCAAUCCAGUGUCAAGCAUGGCCUGUUUUACUUCAAGGAAGAGAUUUAAUUGGUAUCGCUCAAACUGGAACAGGCAAAACCUUAGCUUUUCUGUUGCCAGCUUUUAUUCACAUUGAUAAUCAACCUGUGCCGAGGGAGGAACGUGUUGGGCCCAGUGCAAUUGUCCUAGCUCCAACCAGAGAACUUGCAUUACAGAUCGAUAAAGAAGUGAACAAAUAUAGCUAUAAAGGAAUUAGAUCUGUGUGUGUAUAUGGAGGCGGUAGCCGCAAAGAUCAAAUCAAUGUAGUUAACAAGGGUGUAGAAAUUGUUAUAGCAACACCAGGACGAUUAAAUGACUUGGCCAUGGCUGGUGUGAUUAAUUUUAACUCGGUAACAUUCCUAAUUCUGGAUGAAGCAGAUAGGAUGCUUGACAUGGGUUUUGAACCACAGAUCCGGAAGACACUGUUAGAUAUCCGUCCAGAUCGUCAGACUGUGAUGACAAGCGCUACUUGGCCAGAUGGUGUGCGCCGUCUAGCCAGCUCCUACAUGAAGGACCCCGUGCAAGUCAACGUUGGCUCUCUUAACCUUGCAGCUACACACUCCGUAACACAGAUAAUUGAAAUCUGUGACGAAUCUGAAAAAGAGGAUCUACUCCUUCAGUUUUUGGCUAACAUGGGACCAGAAGAUAAAGUAAUUGUUUUUGUUGGCAAAAAAGCACGGGCUGAUGCCAUAUCAGCUGACAUAAGUCUGAAAGGAGUAGACUGCCAAUGUAUUCAUGGAGACCGAGAGCAGGCUGAUCGUGAACAAGCGCUGGAAGAUCUCAAAACAGGCUAUGUUAGGAUCCUCAUUGCAACAGAUGUAGCUAGUCGAGGUCUUGACAUCGCUGAUAUUACGCAUGUUUUUAACUAUGAUUUCCCUCGAAAUAUUGAAGAGUAUGUGCACCGAGUAGGGCGAACUGGUCGUGCUGGCAAACGGGGCGAGUCAAUCUCUCUUUUCACUCGCAGUGAUUGGGCAGUUGCUGAGGAACUCAUCGGCAUCCUAACUGAAGCUGAACAGAAUGUACCUGAAGAAUUGUACGCCAUGUCGGAUCGUUUCACAAAGAAGAAAGAACGUGAUAGGAUUGAAGGCGGCCGAGGUGGAGGUCGCGGCGGAGGUCGUGGUGGUCGCGGAGGUGGAGGUGGCAGAGGCGGCCGGCGAGGUGGCCGCGAUCGAGAUGGCUGUGAUUUUGGAUACAUGUAUUACUAAGCUAACAGCAAAGCUACUCCAGUGGUCAUUUUGUUUACGAUUAAGCCUGUUCACUGCAUUACCGGUGAUAAAAGGACAAGUUCUAUUGAGUGACCAGGGUGUUUGUAGAUCCUUAGAAGAAAUCUUAUGUGUUAUUUCUUUUUCUUUUUCAAUGAUUGAUUGAAAUCCAUCUAUCUAUCUGUACUUUAACCAUCCAGAUUUUUUCAACCUGAUUAUUGACUUUCAAAGGUAGGUCGAGUAGUGUUAGAUUUCGAUCAAAACUUCCUCAUACAUAAUUAUUUGACCUUUAUAUUUUAAAUUAAAACAAAAUAGUUGUUGGAUAGAAUAAAAAUUCUGUGCGAACGUCAGAAACCAAACCUUUUGGCCACCACCUCUUUGGCUAGAGGAUAAAACUUUAUGCUCCUGAACCAUCUCAGGGCUAAUACUCUGGAAGUGUGCCUUUGUCAAUUUUCUGAUAAGACAAUAUUUGAGCUUCCAAGACCCAUUCAAGGGAACGGCAAAAUAAGAAUCGAAUACUUUUGUAUGAAAAAUUCUUUGACUCUACUCUGAUCAUAAUCUAGAUUGAACAUUACGUCACCUCCCAGCAUUAUCAUAUUUUUGUAAAUACCUGCCAUUGAUUUUUUCCUGGGUUGAAGCUUAAGUGAAGCUUAGAGAUUUUUAUUUUUUACAACAGCUGCAUGCAUUUAAAACCCAUGGGUAAGGGGGUAUUGAAAAUGUAAGUAAACCAACAAAAAUUAGUGUUUUGUGUUUCUGCUAGACAUCCUGGUGACUUCUUCCAUAACCUAUUAUAAGGGAUUUACCCUCUCUUUUUCAUGAACAUGUAAUAUAUUUGCCUUCUUUUCCUCUUCUUUUAAAAUGUAUACCUCCAGUUCCAUAAAUGUUUUCACUGAUCAAAUUCUUUAAGGUUUGUUUUCCAGUCCCAUCGUUUUGUAAGGUCUAGUUUAGAUUCUCGAUGAAUUGAUGUUUCCUCUGAUCAUAGACUUUUUAUGAUUGCAAGAGGCUCCAUUAUUUAUCUUCUAAGUUCCAUUCCUCAGGCGCUUUUUUUUUUUUUUUUCAGUCAUUAUUGCAAAAUAUUUUUUUUAUUUUAAAACAAUUUUGUCAUAAGAACGAUUUCAAAUUACUCCAAGAUAAGUUAACCGUCAUUCUAAUGAGAUAUUUCAUAAUCAGUGUUACAGAAGUAGGUUUUUUGCUUUCUCAUUUUUUUUCGAAAUCAAAAUCAUAAUAUAAAACCGCUACUGUCAAAUUUGAGAAACGUGUAAGUUUUCUAUGACAUCAGGAUAGAAUGUAAAGAAAUGUCUGUACUUGAACAAUUCAGUCCAGAAGUUAAAACUCCUUGUCCAACAGCGGCAGUUUUGUUUUGAAUGUUUUGAAUACACAGAUUGAUAAAAAAUCGGUUGUAAUUGGUUUUGCUUUAUUUUUUACUUCAGCAAAUAAUUCUUUUGAGACUGGGGGAAAUUUUUGAGGUAGUAUUUAAUCUUGUAAAGUUUUCUCUAUAGAGACUGUUUUUCAGUCAAUUGUUUCUCUCAAAAUUUUUCCGAAAAAGUUUCAAACAGAUUUCUUGCAUUUAAGGAAGAUUUUUUAUUCAUUUCCUUAUGUUAUUUUAGAAUAUAUUUGUAUAAUUAUAAAGCAAGAAACUUCUUGCAGUUGAGACUCAAGUUGUCAUGCAAACUUGAUUUGUUCGAGAGUUUCUCCAGAUAUGUAGUAAAAUGCUCCAUGCAAAGAUAGGGUGGAAUAAAUGAGCAAAGUUGUCAUUCUGUAUGAAGAGCCUGUAUGUGAUAACUGUAAUUUUAACAGAAUCAGUGCAACUUUACUAAUGAAAAUACCUAUCUCUUCAUGGAGAGUUUAACUGGACUGCAUUUUGUAGUAACAAACUACUAUUUUUGGCUCAUUCGCAAAAGCAUUAUCUUCACUGGGAAACUAAUGACAGUAUGUUGUUUCUACAAUGAGCCAGAAGUAGUACUUCCUUAUCGCAAAGGGUAGUUCAACUAAACAUAGAGGUGGACUCUUUACCAGAUCAAGUUAGCUCCCUCAUGAUGGCCUCAACUUUGAGAGCUUCUUAUAUUUGAGAAAAUGCAGCGCCAUGUUGGCAAAAUCAAAUUUAACAAAAAUAAAAAAUAGUACCUAAAAUCAAAAAUUUUUGCUGCAUGCAGAUACUCUAUUGCAAUCUUCACUUUCAGGUGAGGGUGAUAAUCGAAGUGCUGUGGUUCUAGAGAUGGACUUUUGCCUUUAACUUUUGACUUACUUUAGCUGUGACCUUUCAGAAAUUUAUUUUUCUAUUGCAUUUGAUUUAUUUGCCCACCGAGCAUUUCUGUGAACAAAAAAUUUCUUUUAAUUAAAGCCUGUCAGGAUUAUGUAAUCAUGCAUUUUUCAAUUUUGCAGAAGAAACUUAAUUGUAAACUUCAAUUAUUCUGAAGACUAACAUGAAGUCAUGUUUCAGCCUCGUGAAUAUUCUCACUGUAUCUUUAUUUUCAACUAAGAUGACAGGCAUUCUUAUUCCCACUUUACUGUUUUUAAUCAAAUGAUUUUUUUAAAUCAGUUGUCUUUUGUCUCUGCUGAUCUUGUGUCUGGCAAAAAAUUUGUAUAUUUGUUAUUUUGUUAGCAAUUUGUCGUUGAUCCUUUUCUUUUGUGCAAAUUGUUGAAUUUUUCAUGCAUUUUUGCAUUAUCUACAUUAAACUAAAGUAAAUAAAAUUCCAUAUAUUUAUAAUGAAA